UUCCUGAUAGAAGGUACCAUUUGGCGUGUGACGUUUGCUGUCUCAAUAAUAAGCUACAUAGGUUACACUUGUGUAUUUAAACUGAGUUUUUUAAACAGAAAGGUUUACUCUGUAUGACAUGCUCGGGGACAUUUAAACCUGACCCAUUCGUAAGGUGAAUUUAAGUGGACGCUCCGUACUGCACCUAAACUGCGAACAUUUACUACUUAAAGAUGAAUUCCAUUCCUCGGAACUCCGGAUCCCCUCCUCGGAUACUGACUCCUCCCAAGAACAGGAAGUCGUUUAGUGUGGACAGUAUACUGGGCCGGGAAUCAGAAAGAUCUUCUCCGGAUAUCAAUAUGUCUGAACACUUAACUCAAAUGAGAGCGUCACCAGUAUGCCGCGGUCCCCAGAGCCCCGUCCCCCGGGACUCCACAGUGGAGUGCGACAAUUCAGAACUUUCCGAGACAUUUUCCGAGUCCACUACGCCGGAGAAAACUGACCAUCUACGCGAUAGCCACAGUGACACGUCACUAGACGCUCCGGACAAUGACGCGGACACUUCAUUGGACAUCUGUGACGACGACUCCGGACUCGGAAAUAAGCCCCGGAAAAUUCGUCGGAGUCGAACCACGUUCACAACUUACCAGCUUCAUCAACUCGAGAGAGCGUUUGAGAAGACACAGUACCCGGAUGUGUUUACGCGGGAAGAGCUCGCGAUGAGAUUGGACUUGAGCGAAGCAAGAGUUCAGGUAUGGUUCCAGAAUCGGAGAGCAAAGUGGAGAAAAAGGGAGAAAGCUCUUGGACGCGAAAGUCCGAACUUCCUUCAAGGAGAUACCGGACCUUCUCUUGGAGACCUGCCUCAUAUCCCAACCGGAGGCGGCUAUCCGUCACCAUCUGAUCCCUACUGGUCAAGCCGCCUGACCCAUCUCACAGGGGUAAAUCCUAUGAUGGCCUUUCAUCAGAACAAUAUCAGCAGUAUGGCAGCAGCUCAUUAUAUGCAAGGCAAAAUGCCGUUCGGAGGACUUCUAGCUAACUAUGUCGUGAACACAAAUUCAUUCGGGAUACCUGGAAUUUUACUAGGAGGAGGAAUGCCUGGGGUACCGUCGUCAUCAUUAUUGUCCCCUUCGUCGUCACGAUUCAACCUUGACCCCGAAUCCCUUGACCUGCGAAGGUCAAGCAUAGACAAACUUCGUUUAAAGGCCAAAGAACAUUCUGCUUCUACUGAAGCGGCAGAUUUAUCUCCAUAGAUGAUGCUGUUUUCAUAUUUCAACUAUCAUCAUAUUGGCGAUGAAUGCUGUAAAAUAUUUUAAGCGCAUAUGUUGCGUUGUGCUUUUAUAAUGAACAAUUCAUAGUGUAUUGGUAAUGAAUACGUCACUUGCCAAUAUCGAGUAGAUUGAUAACGUCAUGACGUAUAGUUAUACAACAAUAUCACGUCAUGAUGUAUAAUUACACGCUAAUAUGCCGUCAUGAUGGAUGGUUGAAGUAUCACGUUUUGUUGCAUUAUGAUAAGACGGUACUGUUAACUGCACUAUCCUAUUUCGAUACUUCGGUAUUACAUGCCUAGGAAAUAUUUUAAAAAUAAUCUAGUCAUUUGUCAAAAUGUAUAAUUGUAUUAUGUUUUCUGCAUUUUUAUACUUAUCCAAUUUUAUAUCAAACAAAACGUGUUGCAAAUGUGCUAUUAUCGUAUGAAGGCGUAAUAAUGAAAUUAAUUCAUUUCCAUGUUUUACUUUUUUAAUAUUUUGAAAUAUUUCAAAUAGCUCAAAAAGUACGCAGUUUUUUUGUUUGUUUAAAAUCUUACCUAGUUAUAUGACAUUAAAUUGAAACCCAACCACAGGACCUAUUAUUACAGUCAUUCCUCAAUGAUAAGGAUACAUUUCAAUCGUGUUUAUAUAAGUUGAAAUUAUUUUAUAAUUAUUUGGAAUAGUGUUUGACAUCAUUUCAAAUGAUUUUUGUCAAAAGAAAGACAGUUCUGAUGUUACUGAUAAUAUAUGACGAUAGGAAUCAAAUGAUAACUUUUUAUAUCGGGGUACGUAUAUGAUUGUGACGACUGUAUCAAGAUACUCAUCACAACUGUUAUAUUGGGAUAAGUAUCGUAUCGUGGUAUAUGGUAUACUUAUGUAUCUAAUCGUGACCACUGUGUCGGUCGGGAUUCAUGUGGUAUUUUGAUGGCUGUAUUCGUAUUCAUAUCUUAUAGUGACUACUGUGUCAGGAUUAAAUAUCGUAUCGUGUCUGACGUGUCCGAAUACGUAUCCUUAUGUCAUUACUGUAUUGUAUCAUGGUUUCUGUCCUGGGGACGUAUUGUAACACAAAAUCAAUAUCGCGAUAUGUAUCAUAUCGUUAACAUUGUAUCGGGAUACAUAUCUUAUUAGGACAACUUCAUCUUUUGGAAUACAUAUAUAGAUCAAACGAAUAUCAGCGUUUCUUUAAGAAAUACAUAAAGAUGACUUCUAAAUUUAUUUAUUUUUCUUAAAAAAAUGGUAAAAUAAUAGAAAGUUUCAGAAAGAAAAAUAAAUUACAAUGCAAUUUCUAAUUUUUCUAGUGGUAUCAUCAUGUCUUCCCUAGCAUGUUAAAUCGUUUUGAUAAAAGUCUGAUACGUUAUCUCGAUUCAUUUUCUAUUCCAAAAUCAUAAACGAAUUUAUCAAUAUGUUUGGCCCUAAUUACAGCCUUAUUUACAUGUAUGAUAAUGAGCGAUUGUUAAUUUUACCACGUGGCUAAUCAUUGAAAUUAAGAGUAUUUAAACAAAACUGUUUUACCCUUUAAAGCAGAAUAUAGACUUGAAGAGAAAAUACAGCGAAUCUCUUCGCUAAAACUGUGAAUGACGCAAUAAUUCCAUGAAGACGCCAUUCCAUGAUGAGGCAAAAUGAUUGUUUUAAUUGUUGAAUUAUAUACAGAUUCGUUAUGUAUUGACGGUGUUAAGUGAUUGCAUUAAAAUAAUGAAUGUUGUAAAUCUA